AUGCUGGUGCCCACGUACUUCCCGCUGCUGCUCCUGCUGCUUCUGGGGGCCCCAGGGACCAGCCUCUCCCACAAGUUCUACAACGCUGGACCAGUCUUCAGCUGCCUCAACACAGCCCUGUCUGAGGUCAAGAAGAACAAGCUGGAGGAUGUGCCCUUGCUGAGCAAGAAGAGCUUCGACCACCUGCCCCCGCAAGACCCCUUGAGAGAAGAAGAGGAAGGAGGAAAGCCUGGCAAGAACAAAAGAACUUUCUCGGGCGCUGCAGGUGGGAGUGGAGCUGGAAGCAGCCGGUACAGAUACCAGUCUCAAGCACAGCACAAGGGGAAACUGUACCAGGACAAGGCCAAAAGCGACCGGGGCACCAAGUUCACUCUGUCCCUUGAUGUUCCCACUAACAUCAUGAACAUCCUCUUCAACAUUGACAAGGCCAAGCACUUGCGAGCCAAGGCAGCUGCCAACGCGCAGCUGAUGGCACAGAUUGGGAAGAAGUAAAGCAGAGACCUGGUGGGAGGGCCGCUCACUGAGACAAGAGCCCCAGAAUAGAGAGUGGGGGAAACUGAGGGCGUGCCCUUGAGUCUCAAAGGACUGCUGUGCCCCUCUGAUCCCCUCUCGCUUCCAUCCUGGCUUUCCCUUCUCCUCUGUACAUAUACAUUUAAGUGCAGGAUUGUCCAGCCUGUGCAGAUGAUGGAGGUUAGCGUCUCUCCUGUAUCCUGUGUCUGCUUUCUGGUUCCCUGCCGUAACAGGCUAAUUUCACACAGUGCCUCUCCUCUCCAAGCUCCUCCCUGUUGUCCACAUGUCUAAGGAGAGACUGUUGAGGCUCCCCCCCUGUUCCACCCGUACCUCGGCAGAGACAAGGAGAGGCACAGCUCACCCU